AUGCCGGUGACCUUCGAGGACGUGGCUGUGUAUUUCACCGAGGGUCAGGGGGCUCUGCUGGACCCCAGGCAAAGAGCUGUCUACAGGGACGUCAUGCAGGAGAACUAUGAGAUGGUGACCUCGCUGGGAUUUCACGUUCCCAAACCUGAGCUGAUCGCCCAGCUGGAACGAGGGGAAGAGCCAUGGGUCCCAGAUCUCCAGGCCUGGGAGGAAAUGGAGAGCCCGAGAGGCACCUGCACAGGCGAUAGGACAGUGAGUGAGAACAAGGAGGAGAAUCAACAGGAGGAAGAUCCUGAGCAAGUGAAACCGCAGGAGAGGUUUUUGAGAAGAGCUGAACGGAAUUUUUCCCAGUGCUUGGAACAGGGAGAAGCCUGGGGAGAUCGACACGGAUCAGAGAUGCAGCUGGGAAACUAUCCCAGGAACAAACUGGAUGAAUCCACUAAAUGUGGCGGAGGAUGUAAGGAUCUCAAGGAAACCACAAUGCAGCAGACAAGUCACAAUGAAGAGAAACCCUACAAAUGCCUUGACUGUGGGAAACGAUUCCAUUUCAGUGCAAACCUUCUUACACAUUGGAGAACCCACACAGGAGAGAACUUCUAUAAAUGCGUAGACUGUGGGAAAAACUUCAGUAAGAAGUCAUUUCUUAUUAUACAGCAGAGACUGCAUAUGGGAGAGAAACCUUAUAAAUGCCUUGAGUGUGCAAAAGUUUUCACUGUGCCAUCGGCCCUUAUUAGACGUGAGAGAACCCACACAGGGGAGAAACCCUAUAAAUGCAUGGACUGUGGGAAAACUUUUGGUCAGAGUUCAGACCUUAUUAAACAUAGGAGAAUCCACACAGGAGAGAGACCUUAUAAAUGCCUUGAGUGUGGGAAAAAUUUCAUUCGCCGCUCACACCUUAUUAAGCAUCAGAGAACACACAGAGGCGACAAACCCUAUAAAUGCCUCGACUGUGGGAAAAGUUUCUUUGACAGAACAAAACUUACUAGACAUCAGGCAAUCCACACAGGAGAGAGACCGCAUAAAUGCUUGGACUGUGGGAAAAGCUUCAUUCAGAAGUCACAAUUUAUUAUACACCAGAGAGUGCACACAGGAGAGAGACCCUUUAAAUGCUGUGAGUGUGGGAAAAGUUUUAUUCAGAAAUCACAGCUUAUUACACAUCAACGAACCCACACAGGAGAGAGACCUUAUAAAUGCCUUGAGUGUGGGAAAAGUUUUAUGCAAAGUUCAUCUCUUAUUCAACAUAGGAGAAUCCACAAAGGAGAAAGACCCUAUAAAUGCCUUGAGUGUGGGAAAAAUUUUAUGGAACGUUCAUCCCUUGUUAAACAUAGGAGAAUCCACACAGGAGAAAGACCCUAUAAAUGCCUCGAGUGUGGGAAAAGUUUUAUGGAAAGUUCAUCCCUUACUAAACAUAAGAGAAUCCACACAGGAGAAAGACCUUAUAAAUGCCUUGAGUGUGGGAAAGAUUUCAUUCGUAGCUCACACCUUAUUAAGCAUCAGAGAACACAUAGAGGCGACAAACCCUAUAAAUGCCUCGAUUGUGGGAAAAGUUUAGUUGACAGAACAAACCUUACUAGACAUCAGGCAAUCCACACUGGAGAGAAACCCCAUACAUGCUUGGACUGUGGGAAAAGCUUCAUUCAGAAUUCAUCCCUUAUCAAACAUGGGCGAAUCCACACAGGAGAAAGACCCUAUAAAUGCUUUGACUGUGGGAAAGGUUUUAUUGCAAGUUCAGCCCUUACUAAACAUAGGAGAAUCCACACAGGAGAAAGACCCUAUAAAUGCCUUGACUACGGCACGUGCACCUGCAGCAACCCCGCGGUCUGUCGCCCCAUCGCCGGCACCCGAGUUCGAGGGGAUUGUCUGGGUGGCCAUCAGGAGAAGGUGGAUGAUUUUGAUGACAACUGGAAAACGAUGAGGGGGGAAAUAGGGGACUAUCCUGAGUGGGCAGAGCACCCGUCCCUGACCCAGAGCAACAGGAGCUUUGUUGCUGACAUCCAGGUGCCCGACGGGGAGCUGCAGUCAGUGCCCACACUGGGGAGCCAGCUGGGAGAGGGGCAGAGGGGAUCCCCGGGAAGAACCCAGAGACAAAACACGGACAGCACCAUGACCCGAGCUAGGGGAGCAGAGCUGGUAGCUCCAGUCCAAGGCUGGUAG